UAUCUGACGGAAAAAGAUCCCAAAAUGUAGUGAGAGAGAGUGUGAAACCAAAGAACCAGAAGAGAGAGAGAGAGAGAAAAAGAAAAAGAAGUACUGAAACUCAAAACUCAAACUCAAAACAACAACAAAUUCAUAGUAUCUUCAACACAUUUUCAUCUCUCUUCAACUUUGAUCAUCAGAUCUUCUGUUCAUACUAAGUAUUACCGUAUUUUUACUCUUCUACCCUCUUUCUCUCUUCAAUUUCCUCUGUUUUGAUAUACAUAUUUUACUGUACAUUUUGUGCAAAUUCUCACAUAAAUAUAUAGAAAAGAAAUGGAGAGAUUUGGUAAAAAUCAACUUAUAAUGGAAUCCGAUCCACAAUUCGGAUGGAACUCUUCUUCUAUUCAACUUUCUCAAACCUCUAGUCUUGAUGUAGCGAUGUUACAGUUGAGAUUGGGUAACCAGGAAUCAUCCUACCCAGAACGACCUGCUGAACCAAACUGUGUAUACUAUAUGCGUACAGGCUCUUGUGGUUAUGGUGACAGGUGUCGUUAUAAUCAUCCACGCGAUCGUAGUAGUUUGGUUGUGGGAGCUGUAAGACAAGGAGGGGAGUAUCCACAGCGGGAGGGACAGCCUGUUUGUGAGUUUUAUAUGAAGACAGGCACUUGCAAAUUUGGUGUGUAUUGCAAGUACCACCAUCCGAGAACUGGAGCUGGUACCAUGAUCCCCGCGGCAUUAAAUUAUUAUGGUUACCCAAUUAGACCGGGUGAGACAGAGUGUUCAUAUUAUAUGAAGACGGGGCAAUGCAAGUUCGGUUUAGCAUGUAAAUUCCAUCAUCCAAAUCCAGCUGGUGUUUCUAUGCUUGCACCUGCACCUGCUCUUGCACCUGCACCUACAUUUUAUCCCAUGGUGCAGUCUCCUUCAGUUCCUUCUCAGCCAUAUGGAGGGGUGCCUACCAGCUGGGAAGUUCCAAGACCUACUCUUUUAUCUGGUUCAUAUGUACAAGGAGCUUAUGCGCCUAUGUUGCUCCCGCCAGCAAUGGUUCCCGUCUCCGGUUGGAGUCCUUAUCGGGCACCUUUAAGCCCAGUGGCAUCUCAACCUACCGUCAGAGCAGGUCCACUUUAUGGGGUAGCACAGCUACCUUCUUCUGCAACAGAAUAUGUGGGGCCUUAUCGACCACUCCCAUCCCUGGCUGUUUCUUUAAGCAGUAGCAUGAAAGAGCGCAUGUUUCCAGAAAGGCCCGGUGAACCUGAAUGUCAAUACUACAUGAGAACGGGAGAUUGUAAAUUUGGAACCUCGUGCAAAUACCAUCAUCCACCAGAUUGGACCGCACCGGAAACAAAUUCUGUUUUAAGCACAAUGGGUCUUCCUUUGCGCCCGCAGGAGUCUCCACCUUGCACCUUCUAUAUGCAACAUGGUAUAUGCAAGUUCGGGCCAACAUGCAAAUUUGAUCACCCCAUGGAGAUGUUGAGCUAUAGAUCAUCUGCACCUGCUCUUGUUGACAUGCCAGUUUCUCCUUACCCAGUCUGCUCUUCACUAGCUACCCCUGCUCCCUCUUCCUCGUCAUCAGAAUUCCAGCCUGAGUUUAUUACAGGCUCCCACAUCUCUUAUUCGACUAGAUUACCAUCUUCUAUUAACUCUACUGGUUUAGUUGGUUCAAUGUUCUCAAAGAGUGGACCUGUUCUCCCACAUCUCUUUUUCGGUCAGAGUCCUCCUGUUCCUUCACGUGUUAAUAUUGGAGGCGACGUUCGUAGUUCAAACUGAUUAAGUAUAUGAAAACCCCAUUCAACAGUCAUCUUUAGGUCCAAUUUUUGAACAUUAUCUCACUAAUUGUCUUGUUUCCUACCCACAAUAUAACUUUUCAUCUCUUCAGGUAUUUCUGCAUUUCUGUCUGUCAUCUAUGUUCAUACCAUCUUUUCCUUCAUACACAAACUUAAUCAUCUCCAGCAAUGCGUUGUAGCUAUGCAUGAAAAGGUAUAUCAAUUCCAUAUAGUCCUUUCAUCUUCCUUAAUUACUAAUACAUAGAUCUUCAACCCGGUAAACUGCAUUGCCCUCGGCCUUUUCUGCAUGUCUUCAGAAUCAACCACAGUUCCAUAAUGCUUGCUCGAAACACAUUAAACUCCCCUCUAAAUCAUGUAGGAACAGGCUUCCAAUUUUGUUGCUCAGUGAUUGUCAUCUUGACUUGACUUUCCAUUAGAAACACGGUAUCACCCCACUCCAACCUUCUCCUUGUCUUUUGGUAUGGGGAUUUAUUGUGAAAGAUCAAAGAACUCAGAAGUAUGCAAAUGUUAUUAGCUGUGAUUUUUUAUUUUUUUUUUCAGACGAGGGGUUAUUGAUACACAAUGCAAUCUAUUCUUCAGUACAAGGAAGAUGGAUCUCUUUUAGUUUUUAUUUGGAGUUUAUUCUCCCAAUCUCUCUGACCUUGUUUUUAAUUUUUAUCCAUGGAAAUAUGGACCUUGUCUUACAAAGAUAAUGCUUAUUGCAAAGAUUUCCCAAUGUCUUUCU